GGGGCGGUGGCCCUGUUAAAGGGGAAACUUGACAGCGCCGCUGCCUGCUCCGCUCGGCUCCCGCUCCGCUGCCGCCAGCGCGCUCCGCUCCGCCGCGAUCUCUGCCCUCCACCACAGCCAAGAUGCUGCUGUUGCUGCUGGGGAUCAUCGUGCUCCACGUCACCGUGCUGGUGCUGCUCUUCGUCUCCACCAUCGUUAGUCAAUGGCUGGUGAACGGCGGGCACAUGGCGGACCUGUGGCAGAACUGCACCUCCGGCGCCGUCUUCCAGUGCCUGGCAUCCUCCUCCAACGAAUGGCUGCAGUCUGUCCAAGCCAUGAUGAUCCUCUCYGUCAUCUUCAGCGUCCUGUCCCUGUUCCUGUUCUUCUGCCAGCUCUUCACGCUCACCAAGGGCGGCAGGUUCUACAUCACCGGAGUGUUCCAGAUCCUCGCCGGGCUGUGUGUGAUGAGUGGUGCUGCCAUCUACACAGUGAGGCACACGGACUGGCACCCAGCCUCGGAAAACACCUCCUACGGCUUCGCCUACAUCCUGGCGUGGCUGGCCUUCCCCCUGGCCCUGGCCAGUGGCAUCAUCUACGUCAUCCUACGGAAGCGCGAGUGACGCCGCGGGACCUGGCCUGGCGUGACAGGGGCACUCAUGACGUCCUCAGAGGAGACGGAGGCGGGGGAGAAUAGACGAGAAAACGGAAAAAAAAAAAAAAAAAAAAAAAAAAAAAAAAAAAAAAAAAAAAAAAAAAAAAAAAAAAAAGGAAUAAACCCUCCCAUCCAAACCAAACCCAACUGACCCCCAAAGGAAACACUCAAAGGGUUCCUUGUUAAUUGAAGAUGUAUAUAGUAUCUAUGGUUUAAAAAACCUAUUUAUAACACUUUUUACAUAUAUGUACAUAGUCUUGUUUGCUUUUGUUGACCAUGCGCUGUUUUAAAGCCUAAAGCAAGUGCCUAAGGAACUCUCACUCCUAACAGUGUAACAAGAGCGCAGUGAUUUUUCUCUCAYGCAAAA